AUGGAUGAAGUUGUGUCGGGUGGUGAAGAUAACCUAUUUGCUAGAUUAUUGUCGUCGAUUAGGGAAUGUGAACGCCGGAAUUCCACACGCAGUGUACACAUUAGUUCCACACAUAGUGAAUGCCGAAGUUCCACGUUGGAGUUCCUAGCUCUACGUGGAAGCCAUGGAACUAUGGAAGCUAUGGAAAACGGGUAUGACACUGAACCUGUUAAUCUCCAAAUCGACUUUGAAAUCUAUAACCCUAAGAGUUUGUAUCCAGUUCGUGCGCUGCCUCCGGGAAAUGUGUUUCCCAAGCGUACAAAUUUGGACAUUGCAUGUUUGAAAGUGUCUCUGUUAUAG